AUGUUUGUUCUACCAUUCCUCUUCUGGCUUUUGUCACUCGGCUUGGUGGCUUCCUUUGUCCCAUCAGCCCAGAGUCGACUCCCUAGUCCUGUCACCAAUCCACUGUUUGGUAGAUCCUUAUCGCUGAACGCUGCCAACAAAGGUCGAAAGAAAAAGAAGGAUGAGCUCACCUCUUUUCCCUUUCCAUCGGCACCAUUUCUUUUGGAAGAUACAAAUGCUGUAAAGUCUAGUUUGGAAACCCUCCUUGUGCUCUCCGAUAAGAAGCGCCAAGCAGUGUGGAAGGAGGAUAUGAAAAGGCAGUAUCCAUUUGUUCCUGCUGUCUUUGUAGAUAGAUUUGCCGACUCUGUCGUUUCUUCCUUUUCAGCCAUUGCACCCUCCGAAUUGCAAACGGUCGUUCAGCCCGGUGGACUAGAAAAAGUAAAGUCGAAAUUGGAAACCAUCAUAAAAAAGGAACUAAAGAAGAAUGAGAUGUAUGCGAAUCUGCCUUUGUCCAACAGCGAGAAGGAUAAGUUACUAUCCAAUCUCAUUGGAACCUCGUUGAAUCUGUUACUCAGAGAUGCAGCCAUGGUUUUGGCACAUCCCAAUGAACAGCUUCAAGCCUUGGAGGAACAAAAGCGCCAGAUCACUCGGUUCAUGACCAGACGACAGCUCGUAUGGUACCAACUAAAGUAUCAUACUGUCCGAUCAGCAUUGGUCGUUACAGCAAGUGCAUUGCUUCUGACUCUGCUCUAUAAUGGAUAUAAGUCGACAGCAGUUAUUCAAGGAGUUCAAAAGUCAGCCAUCAAGCUUUGGGUCUUUGCAAAGUCGUUGGCAAUGGGACUAGUUCAAUUGGUUUCAGGGUCGAAACGAAAAAGGCCUAGAAGAGUGCGACCAAGAGUGCGCUAG